CAGACAGCGUUGCAUUCAACUUUGCAGUGAAUAAUCAUUGUCGAUUAAGCUUAUUGCAAUGGCAGAUCAUAAUUCUCAUCGGAGCUCCGACGUGGAAGCUGUGCCGAAGGAGCGUGAGAAAGCUUCGAAUACGGAUAUUCUGAGGGAGUCUUGGUCUAAGAAGGCUUUGAUCGUCGCGUUUACUGGGUACGUUCAUCUAAUUGGGCAUAUGUUUCAUCUAACAAUUUAGCUUGUUUGCAACGACUUUUGUAUGCCAAUUCCUCAAGUACGCGACAAAGGUCUACGAUGCAUACGCUACCUCUGCGUUCCAGCGCCAUUCAGCGCUUGCGACAGCCAAUGUCGUUAGUACAAUCAUCGGUCUCGUUACAUAUCCCAUCAUGGCAAAGUUCUCCAACGUGUUUGGUAGAGCUGAAGGUCUAACAUUUUCAAUCCUCUUCCUCGUCCUCUCGCAAGUGAUGUACGCAGCAUGUCAAAACAUCGCAACCUAUAUCGCCGGCGGAAUCUUUGAAUCAAUCGGCGAUACCGGCUACGUCAUCAUGCAACAGGUCUUCAUCGCCGACACGACAAGCCUCAUCAACCGUGGUCUCUGGACAUCCCUCCCCGAAUCCUUCGCUUCCAUCCCAACAUUAUACCUCGGGUCCAUUGUCGCUGACAGUGUUCUCAAGCACUCGACCUGGCGCUGGGGUUACGGAAUGUGGGCUCUCAUCCUACCCUUCUGCGCGGCACCUCUCAUUAUUACUUUAUAUGUCCUUCAGCGACGCGCGAGAAAGGCGGGAUAUAGACGAAAGGGCGCUUGGGACGCAGCUGAUAAAACACAGCCUUUGAGCAAGAGGAUCGUGAAUCUUGUCUGGGUUGAUCUCGACAUUCUUGGUGCUGUGCUUCUUGUCCUCGGUCUUGGUCUCACCCUCAUUCCGCUUUCGCUUACGGGUGCGAGGAAUAGUGAUCGCUGGGACCAGGGGAGCUACAUCGCCAUGCUAGUCAUUGGCGUUGUCGUCAUCGGCGUGUUUUUCGUCUGGGAUACAAAGUUUGCCAAGGUUCCAUUCGUUCCAUUCCGAAUGAUCAAGGAGAGAACUGUCGUUGCAGCUUGUGUUUUAUCCAUGCUGGACUUUUUCCAUUAUUCUUGCUUUACGCUCUUCUUUCCGAGUUAUCUCCAAGUCGCUGGGGGUUUCAGUCCUGGACACGCUACUCGCAUUGAUAACGCUCUUCGUGUCGCGUUCCAGAUCGCUUCGGUGCUCGUUGGUGUUUUGAUGAAGUACACUAAGCGCAGCCAGAUCUUUGUCUUUAUCGGUGUUCCGCUUUGUGUUCUUGGUCAAGGCCUCAUGAUUCACUUUGUCAACAUGAACGGAGGCCACGCCAAUGAAGCUUCUUUCAUCACAGCAAAGACUCUUGUCGGCGUUGGUCGUGCAUUCUACCAAACCGCUGCUCAAGUCUCUAUCCAGGCUCUCGUCGCCAAGGAAGACGUCCCCGUCGUGACGGGUGUAUACUACGCAGCCAUGAACUUUGGCGGAGCCGUCGGUACCAGCGUCGGCGGCGCUAUCUGGAACAACAUCCUCCCCCAGAAACUCACGACAUAUCUCCCCGAGCAAGCCAAGCCCAAUGCCUUCAAGAUCUACAAGUCCAUCGUCGUCGCGCAGAAAUUCGCAAAGGGCACACCUGUUCGCGCUGCUAUUGAUCAAGCGUAUCGUGAGACACAGCGCCUUCUCGCUAUCGCUGCGACGUGCUCUCUUGCGCCGAUGUUGAUUGUUAUGUUUGCGCUCAAGGCUGUUGAUUUGACAAAGGGUUGAUGAGGCCAAGAUUGAGGAGAAUAAGUCUACUGAUGGGGAGAUUGAACCAGCUGUUAUGAGGGAGAGCGUGCAGGUGAAGAACUAGGAUGUUUAGAUACCUUAGCUGUAGAUUGAUUGACGGUGGUAGUGCAUUGAGUCAUGAUAUGGGUGCACUGCAUCGCGUGUAGCCACUCUAGUUCAGUGGACUCGAUGCUGAUCCUCUGUAGCGUGUCCACUAAAGUUCACUCACCCUACAGUGGACAGAGUGCGAUGAGAUUUAUCAUCACAUUGAUUCUUUCGCCUGACAUCUUGGACUAAAAGCAUGAAUCCGAUAUUCUGUCUUUACCCAUGCCAAUUGACUACCUACAGCCGAUACCCCGACGGGUCUGACUACAGCAGUGAAGCCAUCGCCAUCAGCGACAGAACCAGUCCAACCAAACUAUGACCAAGCUUGACACCAGCCGAAUUAUCCCCUCCAUUGGCGUUUCCACCACCCGCACUCUCCUCCUUCUCCC